CAACACUGGUUCUGAAUUGUCAAAAAAAAAAAAAAAACCUACACACACAAAUUUUAAAGAAGUGUAAACAAACAAUAGUUAGGAAAGAUGACCGUGUCAAGCCCUUGUGUUGGAGAAGGACAGGGCAGAGUGCUGAUCAUCGGAGCCAGUGGUUUCAUUGGCGAGUUCAUUGCUCAAGCCAGCCUUGAUUCCGGUCGAACCACCUUUCUUCUCGUCCGCUCACUUGACAAAGGGGCUAUCCCUUCCAAGUCCAAAACCAUCAAUUCUCUCCAUGACAAAGGGGCUAUCCUAAUACAUCAGGGUGUUAUUGAAGAUCAAGAAUUCGUGGAGGGGAUACUGAAGGAUCAUAAGAUAGAUAUAGUAAUAUCAGCUGUGGGUGGUGCUAAUAUAUUGAACCAGCUCACCAUUGUCAAAGCCAUCAAAGCUGUCGGAACUAUCAAGAGAUUUUUGCCAUCAGAGUUUGGACAUGACGUGGACAGGGCGAAUCCGGUGGAACCAGGGUUAGCCAUGUACAAAGAGAAGAGGAUGGUCCGGAGGUUGAUAGAGGAGUCAGGGGUGCCCUACACUUAUAUAUGCUGCAACUCCAUUGCUUCUUGGCCCUACUAUGAUAACACCCACCCUUCUGAGGUCAUUCCUCCUUUGGAUCGCUUCCAAAUUUAUGGUGAUGGCACUGUCAAAGCUUACUUUGUUGAUGGGUCUGAUAUUGGAAAAUUCACAAUGAAAGUUGUGGACGACAUUCGUACCCUAAACAAGUCGGUUCAUUUCCGACCAUCUUGCAAUUUUCUGAACAUGAAUGAGCUUUCCUCUUUGUGGGAGAAGAAGAUUGGAUAUAUGCUCCCCAGGCUCACUGUCACUGAAGAUGACCUCCUUGCUGCAGCUGCAGAGAAUAUCAUACCACAAAGUAUCGUUGCAUCAUUCACACACGACAUUUUCAUCAAGGGUUGUCAAGUUAAUUUUUCAAUUGAUGGUCCAAAUGAAGUUGAAGUGAGCAAUCUCUAUCCAGAUGAAACUUUUCGAACUAUGGAUGAAUGUUUUGACGAUUUUGUUAUGAAGAUGGAUCGAUGGAAUUAAAGCCCAAAAACAUGUGGUUGAAUGUGCUUGAUGUCCAUCACACCAAUGUGUGGUUGAAUGUGGAUGACAAUAUCCAACUAUUUAUUAUUAUUAUUAUUUAGAGAUAUGAAUCUAUUUAAUUUGACUAACGAAAUAUUAUUUGAUAAAGUCGCAUGGAGAAGAAAGAUUUAUAUAGCCGACCUCAUUUAAUGAGACUUAAGGCUUGGUUUGAUUUGAUUUAUUAUUAUAUGGAAACAAUUUAUCAACAAAAUUGGAGUC